GCUAAAGGCUCCCGAAUUGCACACUUGUCAUGGCGUACUAUCAGCCGCAGCCAGCCCUGCGCCAGGAACCGAUUCGGGAUGCCUCAAAAUGCGCAGUGCUGUUCAUAGAGACGGCGCCAUCUACAAGCAGGAUGGCAGAACGGCAGAGGGUCCGGGCGUGUCGUACUUCUUCUCCCGGCUGGAAGCCACGUGCGUCCCCGCCUGGACACGCCUGCGGGCGGCCUGCCGGGCCGCGGGCGUGGAGGUCAUGUACACAGUCAUCCAGUCGCUCACGGCCAACGGGCGGGACCGCGGCCUGGAUUACGUCAUCAGCGGCUUCCACGUGCCGCCCGGCAGCUGGGAUGCGCAGAUGAUCGAGCAGCUGACGCCCGGCCCGGACGAAGUGGUGCUGCCCAAGACAAGCAGCUCCGUGUUCAACUCCACAAACAUUGACUACAUUCUGCGCGCCAUGGGAGUACGACAGCUGGUGUUGGCGGGCUGCGUGACGGACCAGUGUGUGGCGCAUGCGGUGAUGGAUGCCUGCGACCUGGGAUACCUGGUGACGCUGGUGCCCGAAGCUACUGCCACCUACAGCCAGCAGCGCCAGGACGCGGCUCUGGCGGCUGUGGGUGGCUACUGCCGGCAGCGCAGUGUGGAGCAGCUGGAGGUCGAGCUGCACGCGCUGACACAGCAGCGGCCGCAGCAGGACCAGGGACAGCAGGGCCAGGCGGGGAGGAAGCGCGCGGCAGCGGGUCCCGCGGGCGGCUCCGGGGACGAAUGAGGGCGGAUUACUACCACUGCACUUCGUGAUGUUUGUUAGGGUUUGCGCAUGCACUACUGGGGCUAAGGCAGAUUCGACUAACUCCGUUGAGUCGCGCUGGUUGAGUAUUCUUGGCGCCGCCCGUUGUAAACGUAAUGCUCUGACUCUGAGUACCUUUCUGCGUGCGGCGUUGGGCGCAAGUCAGCGCGCAAGAGUAGCGGGGAUGUGACCUACGCCGUACCCCCCAUUUUUUGCGUUGAACUCUUUUUUCUUGCCUUGUGCGGUGUCUAGAGGUGCAGUGAGGAGAGGGAUAGCACGCGUUGUUAGGCGCCCGCGUUAAGGUGGCUGGGUUGAUACCCGGGACCCGGGAGGGGAGGGCUCAGCCCAUUUCCUGCCUCCCUAAGGCAGCCACCUCCUUGUUUGCAUUGAACUAAUCGUGUGAAUAGCCCACCGCCGAACUUGGGGAGUAACGGGGCUGCCCUAGAAGCGUCUGAUGUCGAUGGGGUACACUAAGUACUUGCUUUCUCGGUUUCGCAUUGUUGUCUUCAAAAGCAUUGUCGAUAGUACGCAUGAUGACGCUCCUUAGCGCUGUGCCGUGCGCUCCUCCGGUAGUCCUGAUAACGGGCUGGAUAGCUGUGGAGGCUGAGGUACUGAGGCUGGCAGGGGGAGAAACUUGAUACCGAAGUCUUGCUUAGCUGCGAUGUGUCGCCCUGGCGUCGGUAAGUUGGGGAACUCAGCAGAAUAGGCGGCAGUACGGAUAACCAAGCGUUGAAGGGGUUUGUCGGUGAAGGGGCUGCUGCUGCACGUCUCGCAGCUUAGACAGUUCUUCCUGCCCCUGGGCGGUGGAUUGGCACAAGACAGUACAUCAACCGUGGGGAGCAACAGUGUCCUCCAGGGGUGCGACAUGCCCCCAUGGUGUAAAAGGGCCAUCCGUGGCUCUCGCCA